ACCACCUUCAUAUCGACGGACGUGUCUGUCUCGUCUCUAGGCCAGUUUGCCAUCCUGUCUGCAGUGUAUGUGUAUAUACCGGGCCACUGAGCGCGUUUGACGCGUUUUCUGUCUGUGUAGCGUCUUCAAGACGCUCAGAAUAGAAUUAGGAGCUACUUUCGGCAGCAUUCACUGACAUUCAACACUACGACAUCCAUCGAUGGCGUCGACUCCUUCCCACAGGUCCUCUACGAGCAACCUGGAGCCUCCGCCUGGUGCGAUCGACAAGGAGGAGAGGAAAAGAUCUUAUCGAGUGCCACCACCGCCAGCUCCGAUUGAUAUCCCGGAGCCAGUUGAUGCUAGGCGUUCUGCACGCCGUCCACCGUCGCCUCUGCGCAAUAGCUACACUCCCGAUGAUGACCCUGAUGAAGGGAGCCAAGAUGGGUCUGAUAUUCAAGACGAUGAAGAUAGACCAUGGAGUCAUCAUUCCGCCUCUUCGAGUCCAUCAAUGACCAAGAUGGCGUCCAAUUUCGCUCAACGUGUCGGAGCACUGGUCGGCAGCACGGGCUCUCGAAAUUCACAACACCAUCUUCCCUCUCAGGCUGAAUUGGAAGCUGAGGCCGAGAGGGAGAGGGAGCGAAGUAGACGUGAAGCAGAAAGGAUUCUAAGACGCGAAGCAGAAGAAAGGAAAGCGAUGGAGGAUGCAGUGUUUGCUAUGAUAAACUCAUCCCAGCAGGAGCUCACCGCCCCGCCAGCCCGUUCUCAAACUAUGGCUUCUGGCCCGUCUUCCUCUUCUUCUUCGCCGAAGGAGAAAGAAGGAUGGUUUGCCGCCGUCAAGAAUAAGCUCACGCCAACCAAGGAACCGUUGACUCCGGCUCAGCAAAUUAUUCAAGACACGAAGGCGAAGGAGAAGGAGAAGAAGAAGAACAAGGACAAAGAUCAGAAAGACUGGCCUCAAACGCCGUCUAGGAAGUACAGUGAUCCAGCAUUUCUCAAUCUCGCCAGUACUGCAUCCCCCGAGCCAGUCACGCCUCCUCGGCCGGUUGCUCAGAAUGGCCUUAUGACACCCUCGCCAGGUCGUUCUAUUGAUUCAUCGCGCGAUGCUCCUCCACUGUACGCUCAGUUCAACAGUCAAGGGAUUCUUGAUGUCCCGGACACGCUCCUCAUUAUUGCUAGGCGCUUCGAGAAACUAGAGCGUUGGACAGUAUCGCACGUUCGAGCUCUUGAGGACCGGAUGGGUGACGUGGAACGCUGGCUUGUGGACAAGGAAAAGGAAAAGGAGGAGACGACUACCCAUAGUGCGACUAGUCAGAAGUCGAGCUUCCAUUCCGAAGAUGAAGAACACGACGGUAGAGAGAAUGAGUUGAACGAGAUUCGCGAAGAACUUAUGGAGUUGCAAGGCCGAGUUGGCGAGCUGGGGCGCGAGAUGGCAAAGCUAAUGACAGCACCAUUAAAUCUAGCUUCUGGGCCAGCACGCAAUGCUGCUCUUUCGCACUCAAAGUAUACUUCUCAUUCAGCAACAGCACCCGUUCCUACUUCUGUCGCACUUUCGCAACCUGUAGCAACAGCUCCUGUGCAAGGUGUACCCCCUACUCCGUCAUCCAUUGGUCCAAGGUCGUUACCAACUGUGCCGGUGAGCACGCCGCACCAGACAACUCCUGUACCAGCACGUCCAAAAGAGGCUUCUUCACCGCCGUCUGCUCAACGUUCUUCAUCCGUUCUUUCCAAUGGCUCAGGUCGGACGCGUCUACCAUAUCCCACUGGUGAUUAUACCUCUCCUGCCGGGUCGAUACCGACGAGGCAAGAUAUACUUUCCCCAACCAAUUCGCCUCCGGCGUCUCUGACGGCAGCUUCACGAAAGCGGCCGAUGUCUAUCUCGGGCCUUCCUUCCGCCAGCUCCUCGUUUUUCACAGGAGCCUCGCAAUUGUCUGGUCCUAGCACACCUGGUUUGCCCAAUCGGCAAGAAUCACCGCCCAUCCGGGCCCUCAGCCCUAACUCAAGAUCUCCUGCUGUUUCACCAGUGUCUGGUGGUCAACGCCAGCCGAAUGUGAGCCCGACGCCACGAAAACGCUAUACGGUUGCGCUUGGACAACCAAUUUCGAGUGCGAGUGCAGAAUCAGAUGAAUAUGACUGGCGCCAGCGAGCGACAUUCUCCGCUUCGCCUGUGUCUGGAGUGGGUAUUUCUGGUGAUAAUGAUGACGAAGAUAGAAGCGCCGCAUCCGAGGAUGGAGAUGCCGAGGCACGGGCCAUUGGUCACUCACGAGACGAUACGAUAGGGAAGUCGGGAUCGCUCAUUGCUAAUCCUCCGACGGUACCAAAUGAUACGCUUCGGAGAGGAAACGCGACGACCACCCCACCGAAGAAUUCGCCGGGGUCCAACCGCAUCCGCGCCCAGUCCAGUUAUGGGCCUCCGAGCGGAUUUAGUCUCAAUAUGCUCUCAGCUUCAUCCUCGCCGAAUGCCUCACCAACGCCUAUUGCUCCGCUGCGCCCGCGUGUAAGGUCGAAAUCAAUCGAUCGCAUUGGGCUAGGUAUUUCCAUACCAAACGCAAACGGACGCUUUGUCGAUCCUCUCGAGCUCAGAAAGCAGGAGCAGGAGCCGAAGACGCCGAAGCUGCCGAAAUUCGAGAGGGGAAAGAAGGUACCUGUCAAUGAGCUUGUCGCAUUCUUUGAUAAAGAUGCACAGCGAUGAGCGUCUAGCGUGACAGGUUUCACCGCUUUACGCAAAGUUCGUGUUUUUUCGUCGUAUUUCACCUUCCUGUUGCUGUCUAGUCACAUUGUCUACUCCAGUCCGUUCUUCGUCGCAAACCCCUUUCUGGAAUAUCAUGUUCUGCUCGAUUUGUGCAUUUUCACUGCUUUCCUAUUACUUUUGUUCGCUUCCCCUAAAA